AUGCACUUCCAAUCGCGCGUAUCCACAACCACCGUUCACGAACUCCUCUUCGCCGACGACUGCGUCUUAAACACCACCUCGGAAGAGGAGAUGCAACGGAGCACGGACCUAUUCUCCGCCGCCUGGGAGAACUUCGGUCUGGUCAUUAACACGCAGAAGACGGUGGUGAUGCAUCAACCGUCACCCAACUCAGCCACAGCCCCCAACUCGCUGCCGCAAAUCAGUGUGAACGGAACCAAACUGCAAGUGGGGGAGAACUUACCGUACCUGGGCAGUACUCUCUCCCGCAACACCAAAAUCGACGACGAAGUCGCCAACAGGAUCUCGAAAGCCAGUCAAGCCUUCGGUCGCCUCCAAAGCACAGUUUGGAAUCGCCACGGUCUUCAACUGGGCACGAAGCUAAAGAUGUACAAGGACGUCAUCCUGCCGACGCUACUGUAUGGAGCGGAGACUUGGACGGUGUACACAAAGCAGGCACGCCGUCUGAACCACUUCCACUUCAGUUGUCUUCGCCGCAUCCUUAGGCUGAACUGGCAGGAUCGCAUCCCCGAUGUGUGUUGGAUGUGUUGGAACGAACGGGAAUCCUCAGCAUCUACGCCAUACUGA